AUGCUCAACGCAAAUAACACCGCUACCUUCAUCGAGAGAACCGACGUGGCGAAACUCGCACCGUUGACAGUAUCCAAAUUUGAAGGGAACCACAAGAACUGGGUCCCCUGGAAGGCCAACUUCCAAGCGCUCAUACACGAUCGUCCAGGAAUGGCGGGAAGCGUCAAACUAUCCCAACUUCAAAAUGCGGUUCAGGGUUUAGCCGCGACCGUAAUAAAAGAAUUCUGUCUUGACCCCAGUGACGUCAGCUACGGCCUAGCUUGGGAAGCGUUGUGCAACGCUUACGAUCAACGACGUGUCCUAGUCAAUGAGCACUUCGACGCUCUGCUGAAGUUAGCUCCCGCUCAAAAUCCAACCGCCGAAACCACAGCCACCCUCGUGUACACCGUCCGUCAGCACGUCAGCAUGCUUAAAACGAUGAACAUUGCGAUCUGCGACGAGUUUGUCCUGCGAAUUCUUGAAAGAUGCCUGCCCGGGUAUCUCCUGUCACGAUGGAUGGAUAAACACUCAAAUCGCGAAAUCCCCAAAUUAGAAGAAUUGUAUACCUUCGUUCAGGAUUCAAUAUUUAAACAACGAGCGAUAGGUGAACUUCCGAAACGAGAUCACCAGUCCAAAAGAAAGGGGGCGGGUAACAAGGCAGAACCCCCGGCGAAAGUCUCCAAAAACAUUGCCAACACACUCGUCACUACCUCGACGAUCAGCAACAAUGCGUGCGUUCAAUGCGGUCAAUCCCACAGACUCUACAAGUGCGAAAAGUUCAAUAAGGCGAAAUUGAACGAAAGGUGGGAACUCGUUAAAGCAAAGGGGUUAUGUCGCAACUGCUUAUACGUUCACUCCACUUCCUGUCCCAGCGAAAAAAGGUGUAAGAAAUGCCAUAAGGAUCAUCAUACCCUUCUGCACGCAGAUAAAAAAUCAAAGCCGUCAAGUUCAUCUACCCCUCAACCCGCGAACGAUUCAAAUUCAUCCGGGACGUCUCAACCAUGA